UAACCUAUUUAAAGUUGACCUUGGGGAGAAAUUCUUUUCACUCACUUCCAAGAGAGAUAACACAAAUCCUACAAAAGUUUGAUCAUGUUUUUCUUUGCUUUCAGCUCACCUAUGGCCCUUUUGAUCCCAUGCUAAAUGAUAAAGAUCAGUUUCCCUCACUCUAUCAGAUGGCAACCAGUGACAGCUCUUUGGGCCAUGGAAUGAUCUACUUGUUGCUGCAUUUUGGCUGGACUUGGGUGGUGCUCUUUGUGUCUGAUGACAUGAAAGGAGAGCAGUUCCUUCAGUAUUUUGAAGCAGAGAUGCUCAAGAAAGGUAUCUGUGUGGCCUUUACAGUUAAGCUCCCUGUCACAAAGAAGUUGUAUGGGUAUGGUGAUCUCACUUUCAUGAGUAGCAUCAGAGUUUCAUCUGCAAAUGUGCAUAUACUCUAUGGUGAUGUAAGAGGUCUCAUCAGUGUGGACAUUUCAGUGCAGUCCUUUGUAACCAUCGGGAAAGUGUGGAUCAUGACAUCAAACUAUUUAGUCUACAAUGCUGUCUACACAGUGGCCCACGUCCUCCAUAAAAUGAUUUUGGAGAAAGUAGAAAUGGGAUCUCCAGGAGAAGCAAUACAACCUAUGAUUCUUCCCUGGCAGACCCCUCAAUCUGUGUGUAGCCAGAGCUGUGGUCCAGGAUUCAGGAAAAUGUCACAGGAAGGAAGACCUAUCUGCUGCUAUACUUGUGUUUUGUGUCCAGAGAAAGAAAUUGCCAAUCAGACAGAUGCAAAGCAGUGCAUCCCAUGUGAAGAUCACGAAUACCCAAACCAGGAUAGAAGUCGCUGCCUCCCUAAGUUGAUGACGUUCUUGGCCUUUGAGGAAUCUCUGGGGAUGGCUCUGGCCUGCAUGGCUCUGUGCUUCUCUGUCCUCACAGCUGCGGUCCUCUGGGUCUUUGUGAAGCACCAAGACACUCCCAUAGUCAAGGCCAAUAACAGGACCCUCAGCUACAUCCUGCUCAUCACUCUCUUCCUGUGCUUCCUCUGCUCCUUACUCUUCAUUGGCCGUCCCAACACAGCCACCUGCCUCCUCCAGCAAAUAGCAUUUGGCCUUGUGUUCACAGUGGCUGUUUCCACUGUGCUGGCCAAGACCAUCACUGUGAUUCUGGCCUUCAAGGUUACAAAACCUGGCAGAACUGUCAGGCGAUUGUUGAUAUCAGGAGUUUCUAACUCUGUCAUUCCCAUCUGCUUCCUCCUCCAACUGAUUCUCUGUAGCAUCUGGCUGGGAAUCUCUCCUCCCUUCAUUGAGUUAGAUACACACUCUGAGCCUGGCCACAUCAUCCUGGUGUGCAAUAAGGGUUCGGUCACUGCCUUCUACUUUGUCCUGGGCUACCUGGGUUCCAUGGCCCUGGCCAGCUUCACUGUGGCUUUUCUAGCCAGAAAUCUGCCUGACACUUUCAAUGAAGCUAAGUUCCUUACAUUCAGCAUGCUGGUGUUCUGCAGUGUCUGGGUGACCUUCCUUCCUGUCUACCACAGCACCAAGGGGAAGGUCAUGGUGGCUGUGGAGGUCUUCUCCAUCUUGGCCUCCAGUGCGGGGCUCCUGGGCUGCAUCUUUGUCCCCAAGUGCUAUGUUAUUCUCAUAAGACCUGAGAUGAACUCUUUGAAAGGCUUAAAGAAUAAAAGCAAGUUCUAAAGGAUUCUAAAAUUUUUCCACUUGUUUUGCUAUCACAUAUUCAGAGUUUAGAACCAUGAAUCCAGACUGAAGUAGCAAUCCAGAAAUAAUGAAGGAACUAAAGUUGGUUUUUUUCCUUUAAAAACUAUUUAUGUAUUGGACAUACAGCCUAGCAGUCUGAGUGCAUGGCAUCAAUUUCUGGCUCUGGCUUUGGCUCCUGACCUGGACUUCUGAUUCCUGGGGACCCUGGAAGGCAGUGGUGAAUCUUCACGUAACUUGGUCCUGUCCAACCAUAUG